AUGGGAGAUGAGUACAAAGAAGAGAAUAUUCUCAAUGAAUCAUUGCAUAAUAUUGCUUCAGAUCUGCCAUGUGGUGAUGAAAAUGAAUCUUUGAUACGUGGAGAUAAUGUACAAAACUUUGAUUUAAUUAACCUUGCAUAUAAAGAAGGAAAUAUGGACCUAUUUCAGCAAAAUAUUGUUUUAUUUACAUCAAAUAGUCAAUGCUUUCAAAUGUGUGAUUCAACAUUAUUUUUUCAUCAUGAAAUACCAAAUAUUAUUUCCGAUGUUUUAAACCAUGCAGAUUCUCUCUAUACGGAAGAUCCAAAUAGAUUGAGAAGUAUAAUCCUGCGAUUUAUUAAUAGUUUUAUUAUUCAAAAAAAUCGAGAAUUUUUAGAAUCCUUUUUAACACAAGAUUUCUUUACUGAUUAUAUCACAAUUAUUCAAUUGCGUGAUGUGGAACUAUUCAUUCUAGUUUCUUCACUAAUAGUCGAAUGUUUCAAAUUUGAUGAAAAAUAUUUACAACAGUUUGUUGAAUCAAUACCAAUACAGACAAUACAUGAAGUAUUAGCAUAUAAUAGGCUAUCAGUUGGUCAGCAAAACAAAAUUUUGGACAUAAUAUUUUACAUUUUUUCAAAAAACGCACAAUUAUUUGAAAUUGACGAUGUCAUCAAAUUUUUAGAGAAUAUUUUUUCGAUUCAGAUUGAAUUUAAGAAAAAAUUACAUUUAAUUGAAAUUUUAUCAGAAUAUCCGGAUCUAUUACCAACAAUUGGUGCAAAUGAAUGCAUAUUUGAGUUUGUUACUGAUCUUCUUGAGAAUCUCAAUCCAGAAAUCAAAAAAUCAUCAAUAAUUAUUCUAACAAAAUUAUUUGUUCAUCCAGAUUGUGAUUUAUUCAUUGAUUUAGAGCGAAUAGCCGAGAUUAUUGAUCAUUCUGAGAAAGAACUCUCUCAAUCUGCUCUAGAACUUGUACAAGUCAUGUGUUCAAAUUUGCAUUGUAUUUCUUAUUUGAUUGACAACAACGUGAUUGAACUUUUGAGAUCAUAUUGCGAUAAGAGUUUUAUGCAUAAGAGAAUAACAGCUAUUGCAGUAUCCAAUCUUAUUUUGAACACUGAAGCUUCGAUUUAUGAGAUUCUUUUUAAUCACGGGAUCAUGGAAGUUCUAAUUAGUUCUGUGGCUGUUGAUGAUGAUGAAAUUACGAAGUCUGUUCUCACAGCACUUCUUUAUUUCAUUGCUGUAAAAGAUCAACCAGAUUUGUUUGCAAAAGUUGUCGAAGAGUUCAAUAGAAAUAAUGGCCCUGAUAUGCUAGAUUCUGUUGAUGACUCGGAUGACCAAAUUUAUGCUAUUUUAGGAAAAAUUAAAGAAAUUAUUAUUGGUGAAGAAGAAGAAUAA